GGUUGACCCGGUAAAUUAUGUCAUUGGCCAUCGAAGUAAACAACGUCAAGCAAAAGUUAAAUCUCCCAACGGUCUAAACAAACAAUGACCCGAAGUCGGUAUCGUAAAUAACAUCUUCUUCUCUAAGACAGUGCCAAUUUUUCAUAACCGCAUACUGCUUUCCGUAUUACCAACUGAUCACAUUUUGGCUUUCGACUUUCUAUGAGAAAGCCAGGCGACAAAUUCGGAAUUCGGCCAAGGAACGAUCUCAAGUCGACCGAUACACCCGAUUUCCUCAAACCCAAGUAUACAGAACACAAUAAAUGGGUUGAAAGGGAGAUAGAAGAAAUCAAGGAUUGGAUUAUAAGUGACAACCACGUAAAACGACCCCAGCAGAAUCAUUCCACUAUGGUUAAAGAACACGCACCGCCAAAGGUGCCGUUGCGCCCUUUGGGAUCUAACGAAACAAAUGGCAAUACUUCAAACCAGGCAAACCAGCGUGAUGAAAAGACAUCAGGUUAUACAAACACGAGCACGGCAAAAGUCGCUUCUGUUGAUCUUACUUCAAGUGGACAACCUGCCACCGCCCCUACCCGAGCACCAGCACCAGCGCCAGCACCAGCGCCAGCUAUCAAGUCGCGAGCAUUCUCCGGAAAUAUCGAAGACAAAUAUGCCAACCUUUUCAUUCAACCAAAAAGCCGCCCGGAACACCACCGACCACAACGAAUCACGGGACCGUUGCAGCCUACUUUUAAGGACAAGAAGCCGCCGCCACCUCCCACGUUCAACACCAUGCCCGGUCCGGCAGGAUCUUCUACUAACCCGAUAUCGGUCUCUGAUGGUCCAGUCUCGAUCUACAGCCAACCGGGUGUUUUUUCUGCGUAUGUUGACCCGAAGAAAGCCGCCUCCGAUAUUAAAGCUUUACUCGAAGGAUCUAUACAAGACGAGGAGGAUAAGGAAGUGAAAGAAGAAGAUGGUGAAGAUAAGUCCCACAUCGAAGGACUUAGCGUUCCACUCUUGCGUCAUCAAGUCGAGGGUGUAGAAUGGAUGAAAGGUCGCGAACUCGGCCCUGUCAAGAAAGGAAAAGUUCCCAAGGGUGGUCUCCUUGCUGAUGACAUGGGUUUGGGAAAAACCCUGCAAUCAAUAGCACUUAUAUUGAGCAACCAAAAACCACAAGAUAAACACCCAGGAGUUGAGAAGACAACAUUGGUUGUUGCCCCUCUAGCUCUUAUCCGUCAAUGGGAGGCUGAGCUGAAAGAGAAGGUGACUGAAUCCCACAAGUUGAAAGUCCUUGUGCAUCACGGGCCGCAGCGCACGAAGCGCUUCGAAGAGCUUCGUCGAUACGAUGUCGUCAUCACAACAUACCAGAUCUUAGUAUCUGAGCACGGCCACUCCAGUGAUAGCCUAAAAGCUGGUUGUUUCGGGUUACAUUGGUAUCGUGUUAUCUUGGAUGAAGCACAUACGAUCAAGAACAGAAACGCCAAGGCCACGAAAGCUUGCUACGAGCUUAGAAGCGUAUAUCGUUGGUGUCUCUCUGGAACUCCGAUGCAAAAUAACUUGGAUGAACUGCAGAGCUUGGUGAAGUUCCUUAGGAUCAAACCUUACGAUGAUCUCCGCGAAUGGAAGGAUCAUUUCGAGAUACCGAUGAAGAACGGUAAAGGUGACGUUGCAAUGCGCCGCCUCCAUAGCUUGUUGCAAUGUUUCAUGAAACGUAGAACCAAGGACAUCUUGAAGGAGGCCGGUGCUCUCAACGCUGGUGGAAAGGAAUCCAAGGACGGCGAAAAGGGCGCGACUGCAAGCUUCAAAGUCACAGAGCGGAAGGUUGUGACAGUCGCAGCUGAGUUCACACCAGCAGAGAGGCGCUUCUAUGACAGACUGGAAAAGCGAACGGAUAAGAGCAUCGAGAAGAUGAUGAAGAGCAAGCUCAACUACGCAAGCGCCCUGGUACUACUCUUGCGCCUAAGACAAGCUUGUGACCAUCCAAAACUUGUUGAGGGAAAACUUGAGAAGGACAAGGACGCUUUGUCUGAAGAGACGAAACCGAAGAAGAAUGAUUCGGACGUAGAUGCCCUUGCCGACCUCCUAGGCGGCUUAGAUGUCGAAACUAAGCACUGCGACAUCUGUGGUUGGGAACUAGACCGCGAAAGUCGCCAACCCGGAUCGGACAAGUGCAAGGCCUGCUUCGAAGACCUCGAGUAUUUCAAGCACCACGAGGAUGGAGGUGACCUGAAAACUCCGAAAAUUAGAGCGAAAAAGAAGAAGAGCAAGGCUAAGGUUAAGAAGGUGGUGGAAGAAAAGGUCAAGACCGAGAUUGUCCGAAAGCGGAAACCCAGAAAUCGACGCGCAGUCCUCGACAGUGACGAGGAAGAGGAGGGAGCCGACUGGAUUGUCUCCGGUGAUGAGCAAGGCCCGUUGCGCUUAGGCAAAGCUGGCGGUACGGACGACGAGAAUGCUGAGGGCGAAGGCGAAACCAUCAACUCGGAAGAUUCGGAAGAUGAAGAGACCCAAGACGGCAGUCAAUUAAACAGCUUUAUUGUAGAUGAUGGCAAAGAUACGAAGCCAGAAGAGCUACAACGUGCAUUGGAGGAACCAGACUCCGAGGAUGAGUUCGAGUCCGUCUCGGUAAUUGAAUCCAAGUUGAGCAAAGCGAAACUUGAAGACAGCGAGGAUGAUGGGGAUGAUGAAGGCGAUGAGAACGAUAAAGAUGAUGAAGACAAGGACGACGAUGAAGAAGAUGCAGACUCAGAGUCCCAAUCCGAUUCUGAAGAUGACGAUACUGGCAUUUCCGAAUCUGACAUAGACGGCGAUUCUUCAGACGAUGAUGGCUACUACCACCGCUCCCGGCGUGAGAAGGAGAAGACACCGCAUGUCCUAGCAUCCGCCAAGAUCCGACAGUUAAUCACGCUCCUCCACAAGGAGGUGCACGACCACAAGUUCAUCGUCUUCUCGCAGUUCACCAGCAUGCUCGACCUCGUAGAGCCUUUCUUCCGCAAGGAAGGUAUCAAAUAUACGCGGUACGACGGCAGCAUGAAGAACGACGCGCGCGAGGAAGCGCUCAACUCCUUGCGACACGACGCGCGCACCAGGGUUCUACUAUGCUCGCUUCGAUGCGGCGCCCUAGGUCUCAACCUGACGGCCGCCAGCCGUGUCGUCAUCCUCGAGCCCUUCUGGAACCCGUUCGUGGAGGAACAGGCCAUCGACCGCGUGCACCGGCUGACGCAGACGGUCGACGUGGUCGUGUACAAGCUCACGAUCGAGAACAGCGUCGAGGGCCGCAUCCUCGAGCUCCAGGAGAAGAAGCGGCUCCUGGCCGAGGCCGCCAUCGAGAGCGGCGCCAGGAGGGAGGGCGGCCUCAAGCUCGGCCUCAAGGAGAUGAUGGAGCUGUUCCGCCACGUGGGCGACAGCCGCGGCGUCGGCGACGCGCCGGGAGGCGUGUACGACGAGGACGAGGCCCUGAGGCGCGAUCUCGUGGCCUCGAUGUCGACGAUGCGGAGCAAGAAUAACCAGGGCCAGAGGAAGAAUGCGAACGAGAGCUCUAUCUACGGUCGUAGGUGGUGAGCAAGAGAGGGGGAAGAACGAUGCGGUUUUACACGGUUCACGAUAGAAGAUAGGAUAUGGCGUUAAGGGCUCUGUUUUGUCGCGGGCUUGUCUUUAAUGGACGUCAAACACGGCGAAGUGCAUAUGUACCUAGUAUUGCUAGACAUCAUAAUGGUUACAUACAGUGCGUAUCAUCCACGU